AUGGCCAAAACUCUUUUCGCAUCAAUCUUUGUCUUGAUUUUUCUCCAAUAUUAUCUUUGUGGAGCACAGUCCGGGGAAAAAGUUCCGCAUUUGGUUUCUGAUGAUAUCGCAGAAGGCUAUCCAACGGGAUGUAGAUUUUACAAAGACAGGAAAUUUUUUCAGUGUCGCAACGCAGGAAUAUUUGCAAUCCCUGAAGUGAAAGAAAGCUGGGAAGUUGUAACUGUAGAUCUUUCCGGAAACAACAUCUCAAGUGUUCAAUUUGGUGAUGGUUACCGAAGUGUUCAAUCUAUAAAUUUGGAGCGAAACAACAUCACAACAUUUUUUGAAGAAUCAAUCCAGGAACUAGAACACCUUCAUCACCUGUCUAUCGGAGGAAACCCUUUUCACUGCGACUGCAAUCUGGAAUGGCUUCGGGAACGCCUUCUUGGCUCAAAAAACCCCUUCCCUUUAGUUAGACACGUCCAAGAUAUCAAAUGCGCCUCGCCAUCCAGUUUGCUCGGAACAAUACUGAUCACUCUUUCCACGGAGAAGUUAUGCGGUAAGGGCCCUAAAGUGGAGGAUAAACUCUUAAGACCAACGACUUCGGAGUCCGGCUCAGAGAAGGUACAGAAACCGGUUAAUUCAACUGCAAAGGCUGCAUUACUAAAGGCAAAGCACCAAGCCUUUGAAAGGGGACGGGUAGCGGAAAUCGUUGGAGUCACUCUUGCUUUUGCAGUAGUAAUAGUUGUAAUGUCUGUGGCCUUUAUUGCCAUGUGA